AUGGCAGCAUACUCUGGCAAAAAAGCGAUCAUCAUCGGCGGCAGCCACGGCAUCGGUCUCUCGACAGCCCGACUGCUAGUCGAUCAGGGUGCACAAGUGCUCGUUACCGGCCGCAGUCCCGAUCCCAUUCGCAAUGCCCAGGAACAGCUGGGCGACCGCGGUCGCGUCGUGUCCUGCGACAUCACCUCCAGCGAGGCCAUUGCGCAACUAGUUCCUACGACAGAGGAAUACUUCGGCGCGGACACACCGAUUGACCUGGUCUUUAUCAAUGCCGGAUACGCCGCCCUGGAACGCUUCGAUGCCGUCACUGAUGCCUCCUUCCAAAAAACCAUGGACACUAACGUGUUCGGUGCCUUCUUCGUCACGCAGAAACUCGCCCCGAUGGUGCGUGACGGUGGCGCAAUCGUCUUCACCACCUCCGUCGCCAAUCAGGUUGGCAUCCCUGGAAUGGCGCUUUAUUCCGCCGCCAAAGCCGCCGUGCACUCGCUUGUGCAGACCCUGGCCGCCGAACUAUCCAGUCGUCGCGUCCGUGUCAAUGCCGUGUCGCCAGGUUUCGUGCAGACGCCCACAAUGGGCGUGGCGAACGUGUCCGAGGCGGACCGCUCGGCCUUUGAGAAAGAGGGUGUCACCUCGACCCCGUUGGGACGCAUUGGAAAGCCUGAAGAGAUUGCCCGCGCCGUCGCAUUUCUGGGAUUCGAGGCCACGUUCACGACGGGCUCGCAGAUAGUCCUGGAUGGAGGAUUGACAUCGUUGCAGGUGCAUAAUUGA